CCAUAAUGCAUCUCCACUCGCCCUUGUCAACUUGACGAAGGGAGGGACGGCAGGGGCUGUGUUUGUGACAGGAGCAGCAGCAAGCAUGGACGAUGUCAACCACUUCAAGUCGCCUCUGCGCGACUGAAUGAUAGAAUUACUUACAAGUCUGCGUACAUUUCACGCUGCAGAGUUGUCUUACGUCUACCGCAGCGCAUUUGCUCCAGUAAAAAAAAAUAAACACAAGCAGUUGUGUAGCAGCGAGCUAACGGGUCGCUAGCGUUAUCUAACAAGAUCUCUGGCUAACUUGAAUGCCGAAAGGCGGCUACUAGGAAUACUAGUUUAUGUUUGGACAAUCCAACGGGGACAAGUUUUCCAAAGCAUUGGAAAUUGUGCCGGUGUCAAAUCGGCUCACAGAGCGAUUGCCCUCCUGGUGGUGGGAUUCAUGAGUGCGCUCCGAGGCAUCAGCGGCGUCUUACUGGUAGUCCUCGGGCAUGGGGAGUGGAGUCCAGGAUCAACGUGCAGCGCUCGCCCACGGAGAAGUGCUGCCGCGGGCCUCCACUCAGUCAGAAGGCCUGAAGCAAACUCGCUCUGUCCUCAACUCGCUCUUCUCGGGGGCGUUAGCGGGAGCCGUGGCAAAAACUGCUGUCGCGCCGUUGGACAGGACUAAAAUCAUCUUUCAAGUGUCUUCAGCAAGAUUCUCUGCUAAAGAGGCCUACCGGUUAAUCUACCGCACAUACCUGACGGAUGGCUUCUUCGCGCUGUGGCGCGGAAACUCCGCCACAAUGGUGCGAGUCAUUCCGUACGCCGCCAUCCAGUUCUGCGCGCACGAGCAGUACAAAAGUCUCCUGGGUGACUACUACGGCUUUCAGGGGAAGGUCCUCCCACCGCUCCCGAGGUUACUGGCCGGCUCGAUGGCCGGCAUCACUGCAGCCAUGUUGACGUAUCCUCUGGACAUGGUGCGAGCUCGAAUGGCUGUUACGCCGAAAGAAAUGUACAGCAACAUUCUGCAUGUGUUUGUGCGGAUCUCCCGGGAAGAAGGACUGAAGACCCUGUAUCGAGGUUUUACGCCCACUAUACUGGGCGUGGUCCCCUAUGCUGGCCUCAGCUUCUUUACCUAUGAGACGCUGAAAAAGCUUCACGCAGAGAGAAGUGGGCGCCCACAGCCCUACUCGUAUGAACGGCUGGCUUUUGGGGCCUGUGCGGGCCUCAUCGGUCAGUCGGCGUCCUACCCGUUGGACGUGGUACGGCGGCGGAUGCAGACGGCGGGGGUCACGGGUCACACGUACGGCACCAUCCUGGGCACCAUGAGGGAGAUCGUGUCCGAGGAGGGGCUUAUCCGAGGACUCUAUAAAGGCCUCAGUAUGAACUGGGUCAAAGGGCCCAUUGCAGUGGGGAUCAGCUUCACCACCUUUGACCUGACUCAAAUCCUCCUGAAGAAGCUGCACGAGAUGGGCUACGCAUCCCGGUAAUGGCGAGAAAAUACACAACUUGUGAAUGUGAUGCCUUCACUGGGAACUGGAAAGAGUGAGCGAGGAAUGAGUUUUGUGUUAAUCGAGGCAAACGCGCACAUACUCGCAGUCAGUGGAUCAUGGGUUCUAACACGCGUGCUCCACAAAACAUGCGACUCGGCGGCGUCUGGCGUUCUUGUCAUGCGGCAAAGUGCAAAUAUGCUCUCUGGUUGUUGUCUGUACUCGCGUGAUCGCUAAACCUCAGACAGGGCCCGAGGGUAUAAAUGUCACUGACACGCCGAGGGGCUUCCAGUUGCCUUCGACAACGCUGAAAGCUGCCAUUUAUUUACUGUCCACUUUAUAGAUUCUGUCAUCAAUGAGAUUAGGCCUAAAAUAGGUUUGAUGUGGAAUAAUAAGAACUCAAUUCUAUUCCAGUGCUCUCGCAAAGUGACUGAAUCAUUUAGAUCAACUUUUAACAUUUUGCUUCUUACAGGGCUACAUGAUAUUGGGGUGGGGGACGCAUGCGAUUUGCAAUAUGGGUUAUGAAUAUUGCAAUAUGUUUUUUUUUUCAUGCGGCAAAAUAAACAAGCUCAAUGUAUACUAAGAUAAUUAAUUGCCAUAACUUUGAAAAUAUAUCCAGACACUUUUUGACCUCUGAAACGACAAUGUUAGCGUUUAUAUACGUAGAUUCCACGAAUGAUACCAAAGUUAUGUGGCACAGGAUAGCUGUGGAUGAGAUAACUGGGUUAAUAUAAUGACGCACAAGAAUUCUCAGACGAGGCCCGGUCUCACAUUAGUGGGCAUUUUAACAUUUCAGUUGAAGAUGUGAUUUUUAUUUUUAUUUUUUUCCUUCUGGCUGACUUAUUUCGUACAUGUAAAACAUCAUCAGUGAAGAGGCAUUAGCUAACUAUUGUCUGUCACUUUGGCACAUUGUUUUUUUUUUUUUCAAAGUCACUUUUCAACGUGAGACAAUCUUAACAUAGCUGCUUCAUGCCUUCAAUAUUUAUUAAGUGACAUGGAAUCGACAAAUGUGACUAUGUUUGAUUAAUAUAUCAACUUUGAAACACAACUUGAAUUUCUAUCGAUCACACUGGUAAAUGUGUUUUGUGGAGUCGGGUCUGACAGCUGUUUUGAACUCAUUUUUGGUUGCGGGAUCCGAAACUGAUUUCAUUUUUUCUCUUUUAUCGCGUCAACUUUUUGAGCUUAUCAUAUCAAUGUUUUCUUGAGAAAGUAUUCACUAAAUGCCUAUGUAUGUAAACAAAAACACUACAAUGGAAUAGUUACAAGUUUUGAAAAUGGAUAAAAAAACUGCAUGAAUCAAAUUUCCAGCAGUAUGCCCAUGGUUGCAAGGUUCAGAGAAAAGCCAACACUAACUUUUUUUCCCCUUUCAAAUCAUUUCUCAGCAUUAUCAGUAAGUAAGCAGCACUUAGAUCAGGGGUCCCCAACCGCUGGGCCGCGAACCGAUACCGGUCCUCGGGGCAUUUGGUACCGGGCCGCACAAUAAGAACUUGCAUUAAUUCCGUCGUAUUUAUUUUGGAAUACGAAAGAUA